CACACUUCCACGACAUCUCUCAGGCAGCUAGGACUGCUGGCGGCGACCUAUCGUAGCACUUUGCAUCGUGUUACACUCACUACCUCGUAGCUCCGAUAUGUGUCCUCGCCGGAGUUAGUAAUCCUAGACUGUGGUGCGGCGCAAUUCCGCUUGCAGAAUCGCUUCUUAGUCAGAUACGCUUUGCAAGCACGUCUUCUACAAGUCCGACAAACAUGGUAUAUCAGCUUCUGAUGUAUCUCACGAUGAAAUCGCUGCCACAUAUCACUCAAAACAGUCACAACUCACGCUAUGUCUCUACUUCAAGGAACAGUUCUCAGCCUCAUCCGCGAGUCCAAUAUUAAGGAGGCCCGCCACAUUGAGCAGCACCUUUCUCAUUACGAGUCCUCGGAACAGCUCCAUCUCUUGAAACAAUUACUCUGCAUUCGCUCGCCACUCCCGCCGAUUCCGGAAAGCCUGCUCAACGGCAUCGACAGCGUCUUGAUACAUUCCCGUAGCCAACGUAUACUGACUAGAGGGUCCUCAAUACAACCCCGAGCAACCUUGGAUCGUGAUGGAGGACCCGUCGUACAUCUGAAACUCUGGCAAGGAGACAUCACAGCCUUAGCGAGUGAUGUUACAGCAAUCACCAACGCGGCCAAUUCUCGAAUGCUAGGCUGCUUCCAACCGCCGCACAAGUGCAUAGACAAUGUGAUACAUUCAGCCGCUGGCCCCAGGUUACGACAGGAAUGCUUCGAAAUAAUGAAUUGCAGGGGCAGCGAUCUGCCUGUGGGCGAGGCGGUUGUCACUAAAGGCUACUGCCUUCCUUCUACGCACAUCAUACAUACCGUUGGACCCCAGCUUGAGCGAAGUACGCAGCCAACGAACGAGGAAAUACAACAGUUGCGACAAUGCUAUGUAUCAGUGCUUGAGCAGGCAGAAGGCCUUCCAUCGAACACAGAUGGCUCAAAACAAGUUGCUCUGUGCGGGAUAAGUACUGGUCUGUUCGCAUUCCCUACCCACCUUGCAGCGAGGAUCGCCGUGGCUACUGUGGCCGCUUGGAUUGCACACAACGAAGCUACGUCGAUUACGGAUGUUAUUUUCGUGACUUUUGCUGAGGGCGACUACGAUAUUUACAACAACCUCUUUGCAUAUAUAGGAGAACCUUGGCGGUUACAAGACCAGCAAAACCUCUCCGCAAGCACUGUACAGGUCGAGGGUGCCACACUAACGAUCGCCAAGCAAUGGCUCUCAUCGGCUUCAACAAUAGUUAUCUCCGCAGGCGCUGGUUUCUCAGCCGCUGACGGGCUCGACUACACGUCGAAAGCCCUCUUCAAGAGGCACUUCCCCUCAUUCAUCGAUAUGGGCUUGGAGACACUAUACAGUGCUAUCGGAUUCGAAUUCUCCUCCGAAGAAGACAAAUGGUCAUACUACUUCACCAAUAUACAAAUGGUGCGCUCUUGGCCAAGCUGGGAACUGUAUGAGUGCCUUAUUCCCUGGCUGAAGGCGUCGGGUAAAGACGUCCACAUUCGAACAAGUAACGCCGACGGCUUGUUUCUCGCGAACGGAUGGGACGAAGAGAGACUGUCGACGCCCCAGGGCCGGUACUCAGUACUACAGUGUUUAGCUAAGUGUCGCCCGGACUCAACAUGCAAUACAGAAGAGUACUAUGAAGCCGCGCUACCAUUCUUGGGCCCAAAGACGCAACGGCUUACUGAUCCUUUGAGGGUGCCGAGGUGUAGAAAUUGCGGAGGCGAGAUGAUGCUGUGCGUCAGGGGUGGUGACUGGUUCAACGACAGGCCGUUCCAAGAGGGCGAGAAAAGGUGGCGGAAGUUUAGACAUGAAUUGUUGGCGGAUGGGAAGGAGACUGUUGUGCUUGAGCUUGGUGCGGGAAUGAACACACCAGGCGUACUUCGGUGGCCAAAUGAAGAUCUUGUGAGGAGGGGCUGUGGCAAGGUCAAGUUGGUGAGAAUUGGAAUGGGUCUGCCAGUCAUGGUACCUGACGACUUGGAAGAGAAGAGCCUUGCUGUCAGCGUGGAAGGCGAUAUUAAGUUGGCUAUACUUCAGAUGCUGGAAGGAAACGAUGAGGUAUCGUGAUUGUACAUCAAUAGGCAAGUCCCGUGUCUCAUACAUAGGCAAAUCCCGUGUCUCACACCAUGCAUAGAGAUACGUUGCUCUGUCGUCAAAUACGUAUCUACAUCACCACGUCCAUUGCUUCAGUCCGACGCGUGCCAUACCAUGGCCACCUCGAUUGGCCCUAUAAUAGUAUGGUAC